AAAAUAUCAUGUCACUUUCUACUGUAGAAACCCAUUGCAACAGAAAAUAUUUAAUUGAAUUAUUUGCUGGCAAAAAGAAAAGGAAUCAUUCCGUAACACUGUUAAUCUGUCAUUACCAACCCGUGACAGGAUGUUCUCGGGUUAACCUUUAGUCCUUUACACAUGAUUAGUUUUAAAAUAAACAGAGUGGUUAUUGAAUUUGCAUAGUAAAGGGGCGGGGAGCAUAUAAUUUUGUAAUACAAGAUAACUUAAUUAAUGGUAGGCUGUGUUUGAUCAAAAAAAAGAUAACUUAAUUAAUGGUAGGCUGUGUUUCGUUGUGCGUAUUUAUUUAUUUAUUUAAAUGAUGCGAAGUGAUUACACAUGGGACCUAUACGUGUUGCCAGAUUAAGGAGCACAAAUUCAAUAAUGGGUCACUCUCUCAUGCUUCCUCUCCCCUAAUCUCUCCCCUCUUUGAACCCUAACCUACGGACCGUCCCUAACUUUCUCUGCUUAUUCCAAAGUAUUAAUAUACGUUGAUUAACUAAUUUAUAAACUAUUUCUAUACUAUUUUUUUAAUAAACAGUCUUGAAAAUGGAACGUUUUUUUUUAUUGGAACAUAUAAAAAUCAUUUCAGCGCUUAAGUGUUCUGAUUUAAAUAAAUUUUAACCAGGAAACAUUUUUUUUUAUAAAAAAAAAAGGUUAAACCAGAGUCUAUUAAAGACACGUACCUAACAUCCGAGUAGAAUGUGUAGUCCACGACAGACCCUCUUUCAGGUUUUUUAGAAUAUGUAUCUUUAAAGAACGGAUGUUGUAUUUAAUAUGAUUGAUUUCACGUUGAUUUAAAUAGGAUGGAUAGGAUAUGUUGAAAAUUUAGAAGAUUCGAGUCAGCCGGUAGGAUUUAUCAGAAAAAAAGAUGAUUAUUUUUAAUCACUUAUGCACAUAUAAUUGUAAAGAUUCAUAGUUGAGUUGAAAUACUGAAAUAUUAAAUAAUUUAUUGAAAAAUGAUUUACGAUAUCACACCAUUGAAACCAAAAUUGAAAGAAAUAUGAUAUGAUUGAAAAUAUAGCAAACAAAUCUUUAGAAUUUUCGAAAUUAAUGUUUCAACUUUCAACCGUUGCAUGGAUGGUGAGAUUGGCGGGUUAAAGGAACGGGCGUAAGAACCCACUGACAUUGAUGGAUCGGGGUAUUACACUAUCGAUCAUACGCCAUGUCGUGAGAGCAGACCCCUUUCAAACGCAAGUGGUUCUCACAGGUCGGCCAGACAGAAUUACUCGUUUUUCUUGUUUUCUCUUCCCUUUUUAAACCUGCUCCCUAUUGAGUUCGGUUCAUCUAGUCAAGCAUGUUGCGUGAGAGUCGUUUAGGCGAGGAAACGGUCAAGGCCUCACUGCAGAUGACGACGUCAUGUUUAACGUUUCUCUUGUAUUAUAUUAGAGGAUUAUCUUCUACUAUAUUAUUCCUUCUUCAACUAAUUGUAAUAAUUGAGUUAUAAUUUUUGUUAAUGUGUCAUUUUUAUCUAUAUCGAAGAAAAAGUGAGUAUCAUAUAUUAAAGCUGGAAGAAAAAACAAAACACUGACUUUAAAACGGUCCAUCCAUAUAAAGCACCCUACCUACCUGCAUCUUUAAUCACAUGUAUUAUCGUUUGCAACGGAUUGCCGUUAGUUUAAUUGUUUCUGUAAAAUGAUUUUCUAGAAUGGUAAGGAAAUAAAGUAUAGUGCUAUCUUUUGAUUGUAGUCAAUGUAAAAGCACAGUGUUAUUUUUGUUAAAUUAUUUAGUACUUGUAAAUCACCCUACAUUUUAUCAUAUAAAACAUAGAAUUAUGCGAUUCAAACAUAAUACCAAGACCAUUAUAUAUGUUUUUUCUUCGAAAGACUCAUAAAUUUCUACAUAAAGACAGACAAAACACAUAACUUUAGCCGACCAUGUACGUCAAAUGGACUUAAAAUCAUAGGAUAAUUAAAAUAUAGAUUAUCUUCAGUGUUAAAUUAAUCCGAUGGCUCCACCGGAGAGAACUUCCACACUAACAAGUCAAUUAGUAAUAACAUAUUUCAUUAUCUCUAACCGUUGUCAUCCAUCAGCCUUUUGAUUAAAUAUAUCAAUCAUAUGUAUUUGAUCGGGUCAAAUUAUAAAAAAAUACGAGAAGAAUAAUUUUCUUAACUAUCUGUAAAUCAUAGUGUAAAUACGGACUCUUCCCGACCGACAGUGCUUCAAUGUUGUCGGCUUAUUGUAGUAUUUAAAUAGUCGCCAUAAACUUGAACUCGAGUUACAAUUAAAAUACAAUUAUACUCCAAACUAUACUAUACAACUAUGAUUACUUAUCCACGUUAUCAUAUUUAAAGAUUUAGAUGCAAGUUUCAUCGAUAGCGUAUCGCUUUAUCCAUGAUUAAUUAACACUAUACUGUAUUUACCAUUUUAAUGAUCAAAGACGUUGUUUAAGGUGUCAUUUAAUCCAAAUCCGAGUGAAACAAACCAUUAAUGAUUAAGUUUAAAUUUGAAACUCGAAAUCCUUGUUAUGCAAAAAAAAAACUCGAAAUCCUGGCCUUAGCAUCAAACCUUUUAACCCUGAAUUAUAUAAUUGUAUAUUUUGUGCCGUAAAAGAUUGUAUAUUUUGUUAAAUUUGAAAAUAGCCACUAUAUUUUGAACUUAUACAUAUUUUAGAUGCUUUCAUAAAUAUAAACCCACAUGUUGUGGAAUUAACCAGAACACACGUUUUUAUAAUUCUAAACAAAUGAUUUGUUGUUAUUAGUUUAUAUGUAUGAGUUUAUGUUUACCCAUAGUCGUCGAAUUUUCUAAGUUUUGUUUGGCUAUGUAAAAGCAAAAUAAGAAAGAAACGUGGUCAAACCAUGCAUUUCACACACUAUGUAUCUGGGUAAACAUUCAUGCAUCAUUUGAAACUUCACACUCUAGUGGGGAUCUUCAUCAUAACCUCUCCAUAUGAAUUUCUUCAGACCCACACAAUAUUAUUUAAUUCAAUGUCUCUUCGAUAUCUUUGUCAAAAAAAAAAGUCUCUUCGAUAAAUAAUAACGUAGCAGUUCGUUUAAAAUAACAUCUUAAGUCUUUUUCUGAAAAAUCGUAAAUCACGUGGAAUGAAUCUCCCGGUCCCGAAAAUGCAAAACGAACCUUGCCAAUUAUCUAAAUCUCUAAACAAUCUUGAUAGACAUUUUGCUGAUUAAAGAGGUUGUUACGUGACCGUAAGUGUUCGGGCUCAAAAGCCCAACAAAAGAUGGGCCUACUGAAUAUAUAUAUCUAGUACAUCUAAUAUAAUUUGGUCUCUGAUAGAACAUUAACUUCUUAGUUAAAUCUUUUUUUUUAACCAAACUUGUUAGUUAAAUCUUUCUCCAAAUCUCGACCAAUGUCACGUUUUCACUAUGUAACGCAAAAAUAGAACAAUAUUAAAAAUGUUUUAUAUAUAUUUUGUUAAGCAAAUUUCAAAACGAACUGACCAAAAUCCGGAAUCAAACUACCCAAAAUUACUUAAAAUUUUGAACUAAACUAACCAAAUUUUGAAUCAAAUUAACUAAAUUAACUGAAAUUACCCGAAUUUAACCAAUUUUACUCAAAAUUUUAACCAAAACAUAAUCAAAACCAAAAAACUUCGGCUAAAUUAAAAAAAAAACUGAACUACUCGAAUACUAAAGCGAACCGAUUUUUUUUACGAUUGGCAAAAUUUUAGUCAAACCGAACUAUCCGAACCGAAACACUACCAUCCCAACCCCGCAUGCCUAGUUCUUAAUGUCUAUAUACCCGAACAACUAAAACAAAACAAAUAAAAGACCAAAUGCUCAUGCUCCUAAAUCGAGCAUUGGGGGAAUUUCAUCGAACACCUUGUAUGCAUCUUUUAUCCAUUUGAGAUUAUCAGUACACAAAAAGUUAUUGUAGAAACAUGCAGAGAAGAAAGCGGAUCACGCAAAUCUCACUCUCCAUAAUCAGCAAAACGCGUUUCUUCUCAUCUUCUUCCAUCAAACCCCUAACCAAUCUGGAUGACGAUGAUGAAGCCGAUCCUCUCUACGCCGACGUGCCCAAGCCUCGGAAGGAUAAAUCGGAGAGGAAGCCUUAUCCCACUCCGAUGAAGGAGCUGAUUCGUCGCGCCAAGGAGGAGAAAGAGCUCAGGAGAUCGCAGCCCUGUCGAGUACUCGAAGAUCCGCCGGAUAACGGUUUGCUCGUGCCGGAGCUCGUCCACGUGGCUCGCAGAGUUCACCGUUGCCGCGCCUCGUUACUCUCCGGCCUCUCUAGAAUCGUUCAUCAUCAUGUUCAUGUUCAUCGUUGCAGAUUCUGCUCUGAGGUUCACAUUGGCAAGGAAGGUCAUGGAAUCAGGACUUGCACAGGCUCCGGAAGCGGUUUAAGAAGCGCGACUCAUGUAUGGAAAAGAGGAAGAGCCAGCGAUGUAGUCUUGUUCCCAAAAUGUUUUCACCUCUACGACCGUGCUGUCAAACCGAGAGUCAUCCACGACGAGAGAUUCACCGUCCCUAAGAUCUCUGCUGUUCUUGAGCUAUGCAUACAGGCAGGCGUAGACCUCGAGAAGUUCCCAGCAAAGCGUAGAUCCAAACCUGUUUACAGCAUCGAAGGACGGAUUGUAGAUUUCGAGGGAGUCAACAACGGGAACUCAGAAACCGCAGUUACUACACCUUUACAAGAAGAUAAUCUUUGCAUGAGCGCAGAGAAGAAGAGCUUGAAGGAACUAAGCAUCGAGACGAUGGACUCAUGGUUUGAAAUGGUCACAGGGGUCAAGAAACUGAUGGAGAGAUACAAAGUGUGGACAUGUGGUUACUGUCCAGAGAUUCAAGUGGGUCCAAAGGGACACAAAGUGAAGAUGUGUAAAGCGACAAAACAUCAGAUGCGAGACGGAAUGCACGCGUGGCAAGAAGCGACUAUUGACGACGUGGUCGGUCCAAACUAUGUUUGGCAUGUUCGGGAUCCAGAUUCUUCUGCUCUUGACAAUAGCUUGCAGAGGUUUUAUGGAAAAGCUCCGGCGGUCGUGGAGUUGUGUGUGCAAGGUGGUGCACAGGUGCCUGACCAGUACAAGAGUAUGAUGAGACUCGAUGUGGUUUACCCUCAACGUGAUGAAGUCGAUCUAGUCGCUUGACCUUUCAAUGUGAUUCAGCAUCAAGAAACAAUUGAUAUGAAUAAACGAAAGCUCCAUAUACAUAUUAGGAAACAUAGUUAGAUGUUUGAUUCUUCUGCUCCGUGCAGCUGUGAUCUCACUUCGCAGUUUCGCAGCUUCUCAAUAGCUUUGAGGUUAAUGCAAUUUCAACAUUCCCGUUGAGGUUUUGUACCAUUAAGGCAAAAAUGUUAUAUAACUUCAUAAAAAGUUAUAGGAGAUGUUUUCUUCCUUUCAUAUAAACAAAACAAGAUUGUGGAA